AGAUGGAAAACUCCAAGAAAGGAGGUGUUCCAAUGACUAAAGGAACCGUUUUGGACAAAUCGCAAGCUCCCUCUGAGGACCGAGAGAUAAAGCAAAUGGAAGGAGUUCCAUAUGCUUCAGCGAUUGGUUCUAUCAUGUAUGCUAUGGUAUGUACUCGACCAGACGUCUCGUAUGCUUUGAGCAUGACCAGCCGUUACCAGCAGAACCCUGGGGUUGCCCACUGGACUGCAGUUAAGAACAUCCUUAAGUACUUGAGAAGGACAAAAGAUAUGUUCUUGAUAUUUGGAGGAGUCAAUGAGGAGCUCACUGUAAAAUGUUACACUGAUGCUAGUUUUCAAACUGAUCGAGAUACCUCUCGCUCACAAACGGGUUUCGUGUUCACUCUCAACGGAGGAGCUGUCUCAUGGAAAAGCUCCAAGCAGAGUGUUGUAGCUGAUUCUACCACGGAAUCUGAGUACAUUGCCGCAUCAGAUGCCGCAAAGGAAGCUGCUUGGAUGAAGAAGUUCAUAACCGAUCUCGAUAUGGUUCCAAGUAUCAUGAAACCCAUCCAGAUAUUUUGUGAUAACACAGGUGCUAUUGCUCAAGCCAAGGAGCCUAGAUCACAUCACAAAGCCAAGCACAUUUUGAGAAAAUUUCACUACAUACGUGAGAUUGUGGAACGUGGAGACAUCGUUAUAAGCAAAAUUGACACAGAUCAAAACUUAGCUGACCCAUUUACUAAGCCAAUGACUCAAGAGAAACAUGACCGUCAUAUGGAUGCUAUUGGGCUUAGAUUCGCUAGUGAAAUGUUUUGA